GUUUGGUUCCUCUUGAUGAUUUUUCAUCUUCAUUAUCUCCUCUUGUGGAAGACACUGUAAGAGAAGAGCGAUAAUGCUGGCGUUGCUUCAGCACUGCUCUGCGCCUCUCGCACGUGCGUUCCGUCCGCCACCUCGCACACGUGCCAUGGCCAUCGCCGCCGCUUCCCCUCGCACCAUCUCACAGCCUCAGGUUCUCCUUGGCUUAUCUGAGCAGGACCUUCGACAGCUUGCCCUUGACUUGGGUCAGCAAGGUUUCAGGGGGAGGCAACUGUAUCAUCUUAUAUACAAGAGGAAGAUUAGAGAAGUUCAGGAGUUUAUUCAGUUGCCUCAGGCAUUUAGGAAUGAUCUCGAGGAAGCUGGAUGGAAGGUGGGGCGGUCUCCUAUUUUCAAGAGUGUCACUGCAGCUGAUGGGACUGUUAAGUUGUUGUUAAAGUUGGAGGACAACAGGUUGAUUGAAACUGUUGGUAUUCCAGUUGAUGAUGAUAAAGGUUCAGGUCGCCUCACAGCAUGUGUCUCAUCACAGGUUGGUUGCCCUUUGCGUUGCUCUUUUUGUGCCACUGGGAAAGGGGGCUUUUCAAGGAAUCUUCAGAAACAUGAAAUCGUUGAGCAGGUCUUAGCGAUUGAGGAGGUCUUCAAACGCAGGGUGACAAAUGUGGUGUUUAUGGGAAUGGGAGAACCAAUGUUAAACCUGAAGGCAGUACUUGGAGCACAUCAGUGCUUAAAUAAGGAUGUGCAAAUUGGGCAGAGAAUGAUGACCAUCUCCACUGUGGGGGUUCCAAAUACAAUGAAGAAGCUGGCUACUCACAAACUUCAAUCGACUUUAGCUGUGAGCCUACAUGCUCCUAACCAGAAACUCAGGGAGACAAUUGUUCCAAGUGCGAAAUCCUACCCAUUGGAGGCACUCAUGAAAGAUUGCAGUGAAUACUUCCGCGAAACAAAUAGACGAGUUUCCUUUGAAUAUGCACUUUUAGCUGGAAUCAAUGACUCAGUGGAUCAUGCAGUAGAACUAGCUAAACUACUUCGUGAAUGGGGAUCUGGUUAUCAUGUCAACCUGAUACCUUUUAAUCCAAUAGAAGGCUCUGAGUAUAAGCGUCCUUACAGGAAAGCAGUGAAAGCAUUUUCUGAUGCUUUAGAGUCCUCUAAAAUUACUGUUAGCGUACGUCAAACCAGAGGACUGGAUGCAAAUGCAGCUUGUGGUCAGCUCCGGAACGAGUUCCAGAAAGCUCCUAUGGCCACUGACUCUGACAAUCUGGAAUCCCAGCUACCAAAUAUGGAACUUGCAGCAACCGGAUGACGCGCUGGCAAUGUCGGUUACACGACUGUUUAUGUGAUCAACAUUCUGCUUAUAUGCCAUACAAUAACAAUUUUGCAGUGAACAAUUGGUGAUUGGUGAGAGGUUUUAUGAACCAAAGAUGAACAAAGCCUCUCUUACCAAUUAAGAAGUGAUAGAGCAUGCAGGCCCUGGAUAUAAGUUGUUGGAUUCUUUGGCAUCUGGGAUGAACUUCAUGAGAAACAAGCUACAGGAUUAGGCAUAAACCUUAGGACUUGGGUAUUCAUCUUGUGUGUGUGGGGGAGAGAUUUUCUCAUGUAUUUGACCCCUCUUGCAUGAUAUAUAUUUAUGUAGUAACUAGUGAUUCUGUUUUGUAAAAAUCUGACUCUUAAAUCUUAGUUAAAACAUUUUAUAAUAGUUGAAACGUAAGCUCAUUGGUGUGAAAAGCAGUGUGCUAGUUUUACACAAACUUUUAAGUACAGGAUUUUUUUCCCCA